AUGGGCGGCAACGCAAGCAAGGUCACGGCCCAGGAUAAGGCCAUCCUGGACAUGAAGAUCCAGCGUGACAAGCUGCACCAGUACCAGCGCCGCAUCACCGUCCUCACCGACAAGGAGACGAGCAUCGCGCGGCAGCUGCUCGCCAAGGGCGACCGGAGGCGGGCCCUGCUGGCGCUGCGCAGGAAAAAGUACCAGGAAUCCUUGCUCGCCAAGACGGACGCGCAGCUCGAGCAGCUCGAGAAGCUCACGUCGAGCGUCGAGUUUGCCCAGAUACAGCGGGACGUCGUCUUCGGCCUGCAGCAGGGCACCAGGGUCCUCGAGCAGAUUCACGCCGAGAUGGGCGGCAUCCAGCACGUCGAGAAGCUCAUGGGCGAGACGGCCGACGCCGUCGCCUACCAAAAGGAGGUGAGCGAGAUGCUCGGCGGUCGAAUCUCGAACCAAGACGAGGAAGAGGUGGAGGACGAGCUGGCGGCGCUGCAGGCCGAGAUGGCGGCCGACGGACAGCAGCUGCCGACCGUUCCAAACGCCAACCUGCCCCAGCCCAAGGGCGAGACGAUGGGGUCCGAGGAAGCAGCCGGGGAGAGGCUGCCGGAGAGACGGCAGGCCAUGCUCGCGUGA